GGUGCGGGAAAGCGCUCGGGCCGCGCGGAGCCACGCACACGCCGUGCGGGUUGCACCGGGGGCGGCGGAGCUGAGGGAAGCGCGCGGUCUCCGGCCCCAUUGCCCAUGGCUCCCUACCGCAUUCGGCUGUACCGCGACGAGGACUACGAUGCGGUGCGCUCCCUGUUUGCCCGUGGCAUCCUCGAGCACGCCCCGGCCAUCUACCGGCAUAUGCUGCGCUCAACGCGAGUGCAGCUGGGGCUGCUGGCCCUGUUCACAGCCGUGCGUGCCGUAGCUGGCAGCUGGCUGCUGGCACUGGCAGCCGUGGCGCUGGUGCUGGCGGCCACCUGGCCCGUGAUGCGCUCCUUCAGCACGUCGUAUGUUCAGGAGGCACUGAUCACUGACCUCUGCGACAUCGACAGCUGCUACAUGCGGGCGCCCGACUCCUGCUUCUGGGUGGUGGAGGCCGGCGGGGCGGUGGUGGGUAUGGUGGCUGUGGCCCCACCACAGGACCCGGCGCAGCGUGGUGAGGCCCUGGAGCUGAAACGGAUGUCGGUCAGCAAGGAUCACCGUGGCCAAGGCAUCUCCAAGGCGCUGUGCGGGGAGGUGCUGCGCUUCGCCCAGGCCCGGGGCUACAGAGCCGUGAUGCUGUACACCUCCAUAGUGCAGGUGGUGGCCCAGCGGCUGUACGAGAGCCAGGGCUUCAGGAAGGUGGGUGCCAUCAGCCCCUCGCUGCUUGCCAGCCUGGUCUCCUUCCAGAUCUUCCAGUACCGCUGUGAGCUGCCCGGCCGCCCAUAGGGCCUCCCCUGUUCCUGUAGCGCUGAGAAAUAAAGAGAGACUGUGGGAA